AUGCCCUCUCCCCGUCACCAUGGUUUUUUUUUCAAGUUUCAAACAUUUCGGUGCAUGAUUCCUCGCCCUUAUACCCCACGAAGGCAGGAAAACAUUUUAAUUUUAUUCUUGUCUUUCUUGUCUUUGAUUCUUACGUUCAUUCAUUCAUUUUUUUCUAUCACUUUCUCCUCUUUCUUCAUUUUAUAUUCUUUGUCUUCCUCGUCUCCACGCGUUUUCUCUUACUCUGUCUUUCUCCAUUUCUUCUUCACAACAACUCCUCCUACUUCGUCGUCUUCUUCUCUUCCUUCUCCUCCUUCUUCUUCUUCUUCUUCUUCUUCUUCUUCUUCUUCUUCUUCUAUAUUGAUAUUUGACAAUCAAUAUUUAAAUUUUCCCAAAUAUUUUGUCUCGGUUAUUUUUAUAUAUUUUUAUUCUCCCCUAUCUAUCUAUCUAUCUAUCUAUCUAUCUAUCUAUCUAUCUCAGUCUGUUCAUAUCUAUCUAUCUAUCUAUCUAUCUAUCUAUCUAUCUAUCUAUCUUUCUCAGUCUGUUCAUAUCUAUCUAUCUAUCUAUCUAUUAACCUUUGUUUACUAUGUCUCUUCCUGUCUAUUUCGGCCUAAUCAAAUCUAUCUAUCUAUCUAUCUAUCUAUCUAUCUAUCUAUCUAUCUAUCUAUCUAUCAUAUUCUCUGUCUGUCUGUCUAUCUAUAUAUCUAUCUAUCGUAUUCUGUUCAUUAUCUAUCUAUCUAUCUAUCUAUCUAUCUAUCUAUCUAUCUAUCUGCCUGUCUGUCUGUUCAUAUCUAUCUAUCUAUCUAUCUAUCUAUCUAUCUAUCUAUCUAUGUUCAUAUCUAUCUAUGA